CAGACCAACGCCAUUACUACAGAACAACAUGAAGAUUCUCCUUCUGCUCAUCGCGUUGGGCCUCACAGGAGCGUUGCUCCUGGAGGAAGACAACAAGUUGUGCCAGCCUCACUCCAGACCCUGGCAGGUGUCUCUGGGAGGCCAACGGACAAGCUGCAGCGGCGCCCUCAUCAACGAGUGGUGGCUGGUGACGUCCGCCACCUGUGCGCCAGCAUCCAACGUCAUUGUCUCACUUGGAGAACACGACCUCACGACGGACGAGGGAACUGAGCAACACAUUCCCGUGUCGGACGUCAUCCGCCACAGUCCGUACCGCUCGCCCCUCCACAGCCUUGCCAUGGUUCGCCUGGCCAAGCCAGCCCGCUUGACACAGCACGUGCAGCCCAUCGGCCUGCCGGGUCGCUGCCCUCAGCCCGGAGAGAGCUGCAGUGUCAGCGGCUGGGGCUCCACUAUGCCAAAUCAAUAUGAGUCCCCUAAGCAGCUGAAGUGUUUGAAUGUGCCUGUUGUGGAAGACCAAACUUGUAUCAACACUUUCCCUGACUUCGUGUACUGGAGCAUGGGCAUGGUGUGCGCCGGCGGGGCCAACAGCACCGACAACUGUUUGAAUGACGCAGGCGCCGUUCUGGUGUGCAGCGGUCAGCUGCAGGGCGUUCAGUGGUUCAGACAUGGCUGCCAGAACGCGGAGCACCCUAGCGUCUACACUAAGCUGUGCAUGUAUGAUGACUGGAUCCGUAGGGUGAUGGCCAGCUACACGCCAACCACUACUACUGCACGGGUGUUGACCUCAAAGCUGCCUUGAAGGGACCACACUGUUACUCCGAGUUUACUUUAUCAACAGAUGCCUCAUGGCUGAGGUGAACAAUUGCUGACUGAUUGUUGAACAACGGAUGAGCCUCAAACUGCAUGUCUGAGAGCAUGCAUUCAUGUGCAUCUGCAAAAUUAACAGUGAAGGAGACUUUUAAAUACAGAAUGUAAUAUGUUAAU